CCACGCCUUCUUUCCUCUCUUUUCCCUUCAUUAUUAUCUUUCCUCUCUUAAUCCCUCCCCUUAAUUACUCUUUCUCACAUUUCUUUUCCUCUGGCUACCUUCCUUUUCCCUUCCUCCCUCCCAUGGAGAAGCAGAGACUUGGGUUGCUCUUCAUCUUCGCCAUCGUCAUCUCCCUAGCCGUUCUCUCCUUCGUCUCCUGCGUCAUCGCCGAGAUCAAGAAAGUCAAGGUACUACCAACAUUUCUAAUUGAACAUCGCCUCGUGUCCCUCGAACUCCCGAACCUGAUUCUUCUUUUUGGGUUUUGGCAGAAGAAGGAUGUGAAAUUGCAGGAUGCGAUGUGCUAUCUGCCAGAGAGCCAUGCGUUUGGCUUCGGAAUCGCGGCAAUCGCAUCCCUAGUUAUCGCCCACGCAUUGACCAACUUGUUCAUUUGCGGCAACUUCUUGUCCUCUUUCUGCUCUUCUUCCAGAGAGAAGCCGGUCACCCCUCCUCUGCCUCCUUCCGCUUCUAUUUCUUCUUCAACUUCGUCUUCUUCCUCUGCCUCCAAGAAACCCUCCAUCCCCGCCCUCCUCCUCCUGCUCUUCUCCUGGGCGAGCUUUGGGCUAGCGGUGGUGCUAUUAGGGGGAGCGACGAGCAUGAGCGCAACGCAGCCGUUUGGGAAAGGAUGGCUGGACGGCAAGUGCUACGUCGUGAAAGACGGCAUCUACGCCGGCUCAGGGGUUCUGACGCUGGUGUCCACCGCCGCCGUCCUUGGCUCUGCCGUUGUCACCGUCAGAAAAGCCCAGGCUGAACAGGGUCGCAGAGUACAUGCCCAAGCUGUCGUAGGCUCCUGAUACUCCCUUCUUUUUUAUUUUAUUUUUUUGGCCGGAAAGAAAAAUUACAGGCUAGAUACAAAGAGAGAAAAGAAAAACAAACUUAUACACAGAUAGAAAGUUACAAAGUUGUUCCUACCAACAAAAAAAAAAAAGUUACAA